UUCACUAAAGCAGGCCUGAGGAAACUUCUGAAGUCAGAGGAAGUAUGGACAUUUGGGAUGAAAAGAAGUUCCGGAGAACAUUACUCUGCAGAACAGGCAAACCUACAAAAAGCAAGACCUAAAGACCAAGGGGCAACUCCUGCUGUCUUAAUGAGGCACCAAGAUGUGCAGUAGAAAUACAGAGGAAGUAGGAUGGUCUUUUAUGUGUGCUGAGACUGAGAAUGAAACUAAGAAGAAGGUACAGAGCUCUUUGCAGAAAAAGCAGCCUUGCGAGAAUGUGAACCCAUCCAACAAAAGUGAAAUACACUCAGGAGAACAAAUUCAAUAUUCUGCUCGGAAGCCCGUCAAAAAUGAGCUUCAUUUCACACCAGAACAGCAUAAAAUCUUAGAUAGAGCCCCCACUGUUUCAAGUUUGUCAUCUGACAUUGAUGAAGAGUUACCUUAUGAUUAUGAGGACAGCCUUGAUCAACCUGAAGAACAAACAAAAGCAAAGCUACAAAAGGAAUACUCUGAUUGUGAAAAAUCAAUAACUGAUAAUGUGACUUUCAACGUUCAAAACAGUCGAAGGUCUGAAGGUGCACUGAACAAUAAUCAUGAGAUUUGUGAUGAGUCAAGGAGGACUAAGUCAUACACAAUUAAGUCGCAAGCAUAUGAGGCUGAUUCAGCUUCAGUGGUCUCUGGAAACCUUAAAGAAUCAGUCCAGGUUGUAAAUAUUGAUAUGAAAAGAGGUGAAGAAAGCCCAUCUUGUGACGACAGCCUUUCAGAGAUAGAGGAUAAAUCAGAGCCAUUUUCACUUCAAAGUGAAGGACUUAUGUGCUCAGACGAAGAGAGAGACGUCCUCGGUGAAGAAAAAAGUGACUUUUCUUUAGUUUAUGCUGAAAAGUUCAUUGUAGUCCCUAGGUCCUUUCCAUAUUCCUAUCAGAAUGAACCUAAAGUUAAUUCUGGUGGGCAUUCUCAUGAGUCACCAGAGUCCAACCUUUCAGAGAUCCUUUCUCCCGUGGAUGAGGUCUUGACUUAUGGAAGUGCAGAGCUUCCCUCAGUUAAAGGAGGAGGUGGAUCAGGGCAACUUUCUAACAGUUUACCACCUCCUCCACCUGCCUUUGAGAUCAUCACCUGGACUAGUGAGGCCAAUCCUCUAGCUCCACAGGACUUUGUUGAAGAUACUUCCAUUAAUAGCGAGAACAUACCUCCUCUGCCUGUGGACUUGUGUUUGAGCAAGAAAGACUUCAGGAGUCUGAGGGAAGUUGAGGAUGACACUGAUGCCAUCUUUGAAGAUAAGAGAAAAACGGUUCCUCCUGUAUUGACCACAGAAACAGAUCAGGAAGACGAUGGUUCUGAAUACACCAGCUCACUUCCUGUGGAUGAGAGCAAUGAAAGCCAUGACCCUCUGUCCUCCUUUUGCAUUGGUGACAAAGUUCUUGUCUGCAGCUCAAGACCAGGAGUACUGAAAUACAAGGGACACGUUGCAUUUGCAGGUGGAUUCUGGGCUGGUGUUGCACUUGAUAAACCCAAUGGAAACCACAAUGGAACAUUCCGAGCUGUGAAAUAUUUCACAUGUGAGAAGAACCAUGGAGUUCUAGUGAGAGCUGAGGACAUUUCCCAUCUGCACAAAGAACACUGUAGUGAUCUAGAUACUGGUGCAGAUGAGGAUACUUUCUCAGAUAAGGAUCCCCCCAGUGACCAGAAUGGAAAAUAUAUGAACAAACCCUUUGAGAAUAAUCAAGGCAGACACGAGGAUGGUCCUGGACAUAAUUUCUCAGGUUCAAACCAGAUGUUUACACAAGAGCUGUAUGAAAACGAUGCACCCAAAGACAAUACAAGUGCAGGUUUUUCAAGAUCCAAUAUUUUUGAUCCAACAUCUCCAUUAAAAGUUGAUCAUAAGCUAGUUCAUUGUAAUGGGAAGAAAAACGACCUUGCUGACUCUGGUGCUCCAACUGAGAGGUUAACUGGCGAGAUUUUAGCAGAUGCUUUGAAAAAUGAUUUUAAGAAAAAAGAACCCGGCAGUUUUAUGACUCACAAACCAUGUCUAAUGGAUCAGUGGCAGCAGGGGUAUUCUGUAACGUCUCCUCAAAUACAGAUAAAGCCUCAUGAGCACAGCAUUGUCUACAGACUGGUGGACCUCACGGUUGAGAUGCUCUGUGGCCAGGAAAACAAAGGCGCCCUUGAUGCUUGUGAUGCACCAAAGUAUUUAGUAGAUGAUAAGGGCCGAAAUACCUACAGAAAGGUCCUGUUUCAUUUAGCAUCUGAUAUUCUACACGAGAUUUGUGAAAUGAAAGGCAUUUUCCAGAAAACUGUGGAUAAAUCAGUGAUGUCAGUCCUACAGACAAGCCACAUAUCAGUAGACAUGUUAAAGGCUGCUGUAAGAAGAGAAAUCCAGAAAGUGCUUAAUCUGGAACGCACUGAUCAACAAAUGACAGAGAUGCUACAAACACUGUGCAAAUACUGGAAUGCUAAGAGGGACAGAGUCGACCACAUUCUGAUUCAGGAACUUUACAGUGAGGAGAAACAGUGGGUGGAUUACAGUGCUGACCAGAUAACUGUGAAAUUUCAACUGGCCGAGGAAAUUUUCACCCUUCUACUUGAUGAUACUAUGUCAGUUCUUAAUCUCAUAAACAUAGCAGGAAACAAAUGAUUUUUAUGUCACAUGUUUAUCAUGUUGUUUGAUAGAAUAAAGAUUUGAUAUGAAUCUUUUGUGU